AUGGUGGUCAUUGUACCAACAAGAAGUGGGAUACUCAAAUCAGGAGUUAAUAGCAAUAAUUUUUCAUCAUUUGAGUGGGGUAUAGAGGAAACAGAUAUUCCAGCAUGUCAUGGGGACUGGUGGUUGAAAGAGAUGAAAAAUAAAGAUGUUGUACAUGACUUUACCCUGGAAAGGCUUAAAUCAGCCUGUGAUAAAGUGAAUGGUAGCUGCACCCGACCAACAGACUUUUCUCCUCAUAUUUAUCCGGUUUUCAGCUAUUUCGAAGGUCAAAACCAUAACUACAAAGUCGUAUGUUACUUCGGUAGUUGGGCUGUUUACAGGCCUGGUGCUGGCAAGUUUCAGAUAUCAAGUAUUGAUCCAUUCAUCUGCACACACUUGAUCUAUGGUUUCACAGGCUUAGGUAACGACAACAAAAUUCGCAUACUCGACCCAUUCAACGAUGUAGGGGACAACUAUGGCAAAGGAGCCUACUUUCACUUCAAUCAGCUAAAAAGUAUUAAUCCGAAACUGAAAACUCUGAUAGCUAUUGGUGGUUGGAACGAAGGAUCGGUGAAGUAUUCUAAUAUGGCGUCUGAUCCAGGAUCCAGGAAAAUCUUCAUUGAAAGUGUUGUAGAAUUCCUGAAGAAACACAAAUUUGACGGUUUGGACUUAGACUGGGAAUACCCUGCUGCUCGAGGUGGAAAACCACAAGAUAAACAGAACUUUGUGACGCUUCUUCAGGAAACUAAGACGGAGUUCAGAAAACACAACUUUCUACUAACAGCAGCAGUAUCAGCAGGCAAGCACUUCAUGGAUCCUGGAUAUGAUAUCCCUCAAGUGUCAACUUACUUGGAUUUCAUCAACGUCAUGUGCUACGACUAUCACGGCGGCUGGGAGACCUUCACAGGCCAUCAUGCUCCUCUUUAUCCCCGACCUGAUGACAACGAACUGAAUCAAAUAUUGAAUGUGAACUUUUCCAUUAACUACUGGAUUUCCAAAGGAGCUCCUAGAAACAAACUUAUCCUCGGAAUGGGUUUAUAUGGCCGAUCCUUCACUCUUGCCAGCACUACCAACACCAGUUUUGGAGCUCCAGCGCCACAGCGUGGUGUAGCUGGUCCCUAUACCAGAGAAAAGGGUUCCCUUGGAUAUAACGAAAUUUGUGAAGCCCAGAAGAAAGAGUCUUGGACCAUCGUUCAAGACCCGUAUUACAUGGCACCCUAUGCCUACAAAGACAGACAGUGGGUUGGCUACGACGAUGUAGAAAGCAUUAAGCGAAAAGUUCGCUUUGCUAAAGCAAUGGGUCUUGGUGGAGGUAUGGUUUGGUCCAUUGAAACUGACGAUUUUUCGGGCGCUUGUCACGGAGUUAAUUAUCCCUUACUCCGGGCUAUUAAUGAGGAAUUUACUGACCCUCGAAAUGAUUUACCCUUGCCCCCUACAAAAACUCCUUCUUCAGGGAUAGAACAUCCACAAAGUGAAUCAUCGACAACAAUGACGACAACUACGACAAGAGUUCCAUCAACUGCAACGAAUCCUUUGACAACAACAACUUCAACACCCCCGUCAACAACGAUAUCGACAACUAGCACCACAACUCAGUUGCCGUCUUCUACCACUACUUCAAAACCUCGCACUAAAGCGUCGUCCUCUGUUGUCAGGAUCCCUUGUACUCCCGAAAAGUUUUUCCCCCAUCCUCAUGUCUGUUCAAGAUUCUUCAGUUGUAUUAUUGACAACGACAGUUUUGUAAUGUUUGAACACACUUGCCCUGUAAAUACAGUUUUUAACCCUAAAACCAACAACUGCGCAUGGCCCGUGGACGUUCCAGACUGUGCAGAUGAAUAUUACCGGAAAUACGUCCUCUACAUUCCACAAUACUAGGAGCUUGAAUGAAUCAAUAUUGGUCAGAAAGAAAAACACUUCUUUCUGAAGCUUGUCUUUAUCUGAAACCUGCAUGUUCACGUAUGGAUUUACAAGGUAUAACGUGUUGUUUUGUUGCAACAUAACAUUUCUUAUGCUGCGUGCAUAUUAUCAUUUCAGUAAAGUUUGACAUACCUUCGCGUAGACAUAUAGUAAUUUUCAAUUUCGUUGAUUAACGAAUUUCACAAACGGUCUUGGGGUAUACAAUUCCGACGCGGAGAGGAUAACAACUUUACAGGGGAUUCUUAUGUAUUUAUGUGUUUUACUUAAUACAUUGGUAAUACAAAAUUUCCUGCAGUUUAUCGGGUGCCAAGAAAAGUCUUCAUAUCUAUGUUAUGAAAUGUAAAUGAAGAGGUUAUUUUCUGGGAUUCUUCAUUUGUCCUGUUUUUCAUACAA